GAAGAAUCCUGGCGGCGGUUCGCUCGCUCCAGCCGUCUCGUGGAGUCAACGGAAUGGCGAUCGCCAUCGUCGUCUUUGUCUUCGUCUUCGCUUUGAUUUGCUUUUUGUCAGUGCACCACAAGUCGUACGAGGAAAGAAUUCAUCGAGCUCAAUCGUAUUGUGAUGCUGUUUGGAUAAAGUAAUGGAGAAGGGAGAGGAGAGAACAAGAAAACGCCUGCUCCUUACGCAUCCUUAUCCACUGAGAUGCACCUGAUGUUAUAAUAUUAGGGUCAAAGUGGAUGCGUUUUGGGGAAAUCUGCGAGGGGAUUCUUUUCUGCCCCAUUCAAAGUCCAAUCAUUUGCGUGAGGAGGAAGAGGCGAGACGGCGGCAGAAGCAAACGGCAUUAAAACGAGGCUGCUUCGUACAAGAAAAAGGCGAGCAAAACAAAAAGAUGCAUUCUGUCUUCAUUUCUGCGAGAUUUCGACCCUCUGUUCCUGAGAGAUCUCGAAGCUUAUUGCCACUAUGAACCCUUCUCGAUCUGAAACUAUGAGUCAUAGCAAUUCUGCUACGACUAUGAUAGACCAGCAAGUUUACAAGGAGAAAGGCGAUUGUGUUCAACUGUUCAUGAAAAAUCUUGCUUGGAUGUUGCGUGACUAAAAGGAUUAGCAAGUUUUUCUUCCCACCGAACCUUUCUUGAUUUGAAACCCAUGAGCUAUAGCAAUUUGGCUACGACUCCGAUAGAUGAGUAUGAUGCUCUAUGCAAGAACCAGCAAGUUUACCGAGAGACAAUUGCGAUCAAUUGUUCAUGAAAAAUCUUCUUUUGAUGUUGCGUGUAGGAAAGGAAGAAUGAGAGGCAUUCUGUAGGACCAUAAUUUAGUGAUAAUGGGAAGAUGGGAUCCUAAUGGAACCCCAAAAAGCUUCAAGGAAGACUCGAUUCAACAGCUUUUUGAGUAAGAGGCAUUGGUCGAAAGCAUGAGUAGCCACAAUCUGGUUGCAGUGAAAGCAAAUGAUUCUCCUGAAGCAGCUAAACGUUCUUUCCAUGCUUCAUCUUCAGUUGUUCAGUUUCCUAAACAAAACGAUCGCCAUAAACGGUUGGGUAAAAGCUCGUCCGUCGCCAGCACCUCCUGCACGUCAACUGUGCUGCUAAAUUCAUCAGACAUCCUUGACUAUGUUCCUAUGCCUUUGAAAUCAAACCAAGAGUCUGAAUCAGAAGGUACUUUAUCUUGUGGAUCUCAACCACAAUAUUCAGAUAACAGUUUCACCAAUUCACCUACACUUCAUGCGAGUCUCAUCUCUUCGCCGACCAGAAUCUCAGACUCUUGUGGAAAACUAAGUAACUCACACUUCCUUCCUCAAUUUGUGGAAUGUAAACCGCAGAACACAGCUGUUCAGUCUUCUAACUCAUCAAUGUUGUCGAGUGGCAAUGCGAGUGGCAAGGGUGAACACACAGAUGAUUUGACAAUGGAUUUCGCUUAUUUGUGUGGAGAUGCUUCAGAUGGUAGCAUUCAGGGAGAAAAUUAUUUUUACAAUGACUUUGCAUUUACUGAGCAAAUGGAAUUGCAAAUCUUGUCGGAACAACUUGGUAUUGCCAUCACUGACAAUGGGGAAAGCCAUUGUUUAAAUGACAUAUAUGACCAACCGCAGGUCACAUCUACUCCGUUACCUUCCAACUACAACAAAAAUGCUGAGCCCUUAACGUCUCCUGCUGAAGUCCAAUUGCAUUCAUCUCCUUCCCCCUCAAUUUCAGCUCCAAAUAAAAAAAGACUAAGAUGGACCUUGGAGCUCCAUGAUAGAUUUGUGGAAGCAGUCAACAAGCUGGAUGGAGCUGAGAAAGCAACUCCAAAGGGCAUUCUAAAGCUUAUGAAUGUGGAAGGUUUGACGAUUUACCAAGUAAAGAGCCAUUUGCAGAAAUAUCGACUUGCUAAAUACGUCCUCCAGAAGAAAGAAGAGAAAAAAACUUCAUGUAUUGAAGACAAGGCGCCGCCAACAAAUGAUGACAGUGACUUGGCCACGAAGAGGAGCAAAGAAGUUACAGAGGCUCUACGGCUGCAAAUUGAGGUUCAAAAGCAGCUGCACGAACAACUAAAGGUUCAACGAGAACUUCAGCUACGUAUCGAGGAAAAUGCCAAGUACUUGCAGCAGAUCAUAGAAGAGCAGCUAAAGGCAAACAACUACGAGUCGGUAGAAGAACUGGAAAUUGAGCAGCAAGGGCCUUCCUAAAAUCUCUGCAACCAAAUUGUUUCUCGUGUUUAUUGAUGCCUUUUUCAUUGAUUUCCUGGUGGUGUUGGGCAUGGAGGAUUGGAGUGGAGGUGAUGUAUCCAUGCAUUAUUCUUAGUCAAUUAUUAAACAAAAUUCUGUAAAGAUGUCCAUAGUUGUGCACUAAUUUUAAAUUUUUUGUCUAUAUAAAAUUGUAUAAUGUGUUUUAAAAAACAAGUGUAUAUGUUCUGGAUAA